CGCGACAACGCCGACGCGCCACUCGCAGCUGCAGCUUCGCGGAGAGGAACGGAACGUGGGACGGCGACGACGAGGAGACUGCCAUGGCCGCCACCGCCGCCGCCGGCAGCAGCAGCAGCAGGUUCGCCGUCACGUGCGGGCUCCUCAGGCAGUACAUGAUGGAGCAGCGCCACCACCAGCAUCCGACGACGCCCACGCCCACGCCGCCGCAGGUUGAGGAGGAGGAGGAGCAGGUGGCGGAUGCCCGGACCAUGCAGCUCUUCCCCCCGCGCCGCGCGGCGACGUCGUCCUCCCAGCCGGCGCCGGCGCCGGGCACGGCGCCGCUGACCAUCUUCUACGACGGGCGGGUGGUCGUGUUCGACGACGUCCCGGCCGAGAAGGCCGUCGAGCUCAUGAAGCUGGCUCGCUCGGUGUGCUCGCCGGCGCCCGUGGCUAACGCUGCGCCGCCGCCGACGCCGCAGCCCGUGCAGCCGGCAGCCGCCGCCCCCCCGCUCCCCGAUAUGCCGAUCGCCAGGAAGGCGUCGCUGCAGCGGUUCCUCCAGAAGAGGAAGCAGAGGAUCACGGCGAGCGAACCAUACAAGAAGGCGGAGGUGGCGUCGCCGGCGCCGACGCCGGAGAAGAGCUUCGCCGCCGUCAUGCCGGUGAAAGACGAGCCGGCGACUUGGCUGGGGCUCUGAAGAUCUUAUCUGUGCGAGUAGAGCAAGAAAACCGAAAAGGGGAGAAAAAUUAAGUACUGACUUGAUUGUUAUUUUCCACAUGAUUUAAGGUCGUUUCUGUUUUGGGAAUUCUUUGGCCCAAAGAGUUCUUUUCACUAAUUAUUUGCUCCAUCAGGGCUUAUAAGUGUUCUAAAAAUAAUGGUAGAAUUAUCCAUUUUUGUUGAUGCACAACUAUCUCCUUUUUAUGUAUAUGUGUAAUUAUUAUUUAUUUAAGACUCAGAAGAUUGUUUGUCAAAUGUAUUGAUUUUUUAUAUGAGUA